CCUGAUUGGCCAGGCCUCGAUGAGUGUGGGCGGGGCCGAGGCCGGAGCUGACCAGCCCGCCAGCCCAGUGCCCGUAGGGGGCGUGGCCUUAACGCUGAUUGGGGCGGGCUGCAACGGGGGGAGAUGCUUCCGGGUGAGCUGCCCCGCCCCCACGUGGGCCCCGGGAGACUAAAACGAGCUACGGCGGUGGCGGGAGCGGCAGCUCUGAGCCCUUGAGGAGCCAGAGCUGUACACAGAGCUGAGGGCACAGCAGACACCUCGGGAGCCCUCGGUUUCAACCAGCUGGCUGCCUACUGCUCUGCCCACCAUGCAGCCCCAGUCGGUUCUGCACAGCGGCUACUUCCACCCGCUGCUUCGCGCCUGGCAGACGGCCACCGCCACCCUCAGCGCCUCCAACCUCAUCUACCCCAUCUUUGUCACGGACAUUCCUGAUGACGUACAGCCCAUCGACAGCCUCCCGGGAGUGGCCAGAUAUGGUGUGAACCGGCUGGAAGAGAUGCUGAAGCCCCUGGUGGAAGAGGGCCUGCGCUGCGUCCUGGUCUUUGGAGUCCCCAGCAGAGUCCCUAAGGACGAACGGGGCUCUGCAGCCGACUCUGAGGACUCCCCAGCCGUCGAGGCGAUCCGUUUGUUGCGCAAGACGUUCCCCAGCCUCCUGGUGGCCUGUGAUGUCUGCUUGUGUCCCUACACCUCUCACGGUCACUGUGGGCUCCUGGGCAAGAACGGCACAUUCCAGGCCGAGGAGAGCCGCCAGCGGCUGGCAGAAGUAGCACUCGCCUAUGCCAAGGCAGGAUGUCAGGUGGUAGCCCCAUCGGACAUGAUGGACGGACGUGUGGAAGCCAUCAAGGAGGCCCUGAUGGCACAUGGACUUGGCAACAGGGUAUCAGUGAUGAGCUAUAGCGCCAAAUUUGCAUCCUGUUUCUAUGGACCUUUCCGGGACGCGGCCCAGUCAAGCCCAGCUUUUGGAGAUCGCCGCUGCUACCAGCUGCCGCCAGGAGCACGGGGCCUGGCCCUCCGAGCAGUGGCGCGGGAUGUGCGGGAAGGAGCCGACAUGCUCAUGGUCAAGCCAGGAAUGCCCUACCUGGACAUCGUGCGAGAGGUGAAGGACAAGCACCCUGAGCUCCCGCUUGCUGUGUACCACGUUUCUGGAGAGUUCGCCAUGCUGUGGCACGGAGCCCGGGCCGGGGCAUUUGAUCUCAAGGCCGCUGUGCUGGAGGCCAUGACCGCCUUUCGCCGCGCAGGUGCCGACAUCAUCAUCACCUACUACACGCCUCAGCUAUUGCAGUGGCUGAAGGAGGAGUGAUGGAGACGGCGUACAAGACCCCAUAACUUCUAAAAGGUCCCGGGGCCUUGGAGAAGUGAAAACCAAAGUAAAUGCUGCUUUAGAACUGUGCCCGCACGCUCUUCCUAUUCACAUGCUGGUAGGUGCUUUCUGCCAGCAUGCCAGAUCCCACCACUCGAGUCUCACCAGCCAUCCCGGGCUUCCCUGCCCCUCCCCUGAGUCAUCCCUGAGGCCCUCUUCCACCACCCCAGCUCCUUCUUCUGGCGUGGCUUCAUCUUGAAAGCUACCGGGAGCCAAGGGCACAGGCUUGGUAGGGCCCGGGAGAGGGGCUUGGAGCAUUAGGGAAAGAGGAGGGCGGUUGCAUCUUGAAUCAUGAGAAGCUCUGGAAAGCCCGAGGCCUCUGGCAGCAUAGCUGGGCCCUGGGACAGAGGCCUAGAUUGACAUCUUCGGGUUUAGACUUGAGAUUUGCCACGAUUCCUCCAGAAGGUGCUUCCCACCUGGGUUCAUGUUGCCAGGCUGCCUGAGAUCGUCUGCUUUGAGCCAUAUACCCAGAGAAGAGUUACUUGUUCAUGAGCAGAAACGCUGCCUUCUGAAGAUCAAAGUUCAGAAGCAAAGAGAGAGUCUCUGGCUGUUCAAGAUGCCACCACCAAAAAGGCUUUUCUGUCGAGAAAAUUUUUGAGAACAUCUGCCCGGUGCCCAGACACAAUGCUGGGUACUGGGGAUAUAGCAGGACAGACCUCAGCCUGUCUCUGUAUAUGAAAUCUAUGCAGGGAUAAUAAGGAGACAGACAACAAUGAGAAAACAAAGCAGUUACAAGUUGUAAUAAGCGCUUUGAAGGAAAGAAAGGGUCUGACACCAAAAAUAACAGACCAUGGGUGUGUCUCGAGAGUGUGGUCGAGAAGCCCUCCCUGAGGCCAAGGGACAAGAAGGGAUCCUCCCAGAGAACAGAGGCAAGUGCACCAGAAGCUGCAAGAAUGACACAAAGUGUGCAAAGGUCCUGCAGUGGGAGGAGCUUGGCAGGGCUCCUGGGAGCAGGGUGAGGAAGAGGAGGGUGAUUGACCGGACCGGAGGCUGGAAAGGUAGGCCCUGUGCCUUGUAAGAAGCUUGGUCUUAUUUUGCAUUUGAUAGAAAGCCAUCUGAAGAAUCUUAACCAGGAGUUAUGUGUGUUCCACUUUCCCACAUUCUGUUGCCAUGAAAAAAAGGAAGCGUGAGAAAGAGGCUGGUUGGGAGGCUCUCGUAGACCCCAGAGAGCACUGACACUGGCCUGGACCAGGGUGGUGGCAGCAGAGGCAGGAAGGAGUAGAAGUAUUCAGGAUACAUUAAUUCAGGCAGAAUUAGCAGAUUUUGCCUGAGCUUUUUAAGUCUAGGGAACGAGAGGAAACAAGGGUGCCCUCAUGGGUUUCUGGCUUGAGUGCCUGGAUGCAUGCUUUCAUUCUUCCGAGACUCACGGCAUAAUGUUCCUCUUAGGAAAGGUUAAGGCCUGGCUAUAGAGGGGCCAUUUUGCAAGUCUCCCUGCCCAUCUGCAAAGUGACAAGAAAUCCCAAAUCUUGGGCCAAAGCAGGUUCAAUUCAGACCUUAAAGCAGUACAAUCCAUUUUAAGUAGUAUAAUUACGAACUCCCGGCAGCUCCUGUAGACAGACCAGUCUCCUCUGACUCCUGGUUGAGUCAGAGCUGCGGCUGACCUAAAUAAGGACCCGAUCUCACCCUGUCCUUUGGGGAGGUGGCCAGCCAAAACCAGGGCUUGAAGAGUCCUAAAGCUUCACCUUUCAAGGAGCCAGAGCCUGGAGCUCUAAUUAGAGAUGAGCCACUGAUGGGCCUCAAGGUUCUGACCAGACCAGAACCUUUGGCUGUGUUAGCCUCUUAGCUUCUUAUCUCCUGGCCCCUUGGCCCCUGACCCCUGAGCUCAUUUCUGAUUAGUAUGAAAGGGAAUGUUCUUCAGCACCAUCCCAGACUCAUCAUUGCCAGGCCAAUAUGAGGCCUGGUUCUUGUCAGCACAGAGAGACAGGAGACAGACCUUGCUCUUUAGGUACAAACUCCACAGGAGGCAAACCACUCUGCAUAUGUCCCAGACUCCCCCAGAAGUAAACGUUAAGCGGAAUGAUGGUGAGUCUCCGUGAGGAGAACCAGGAGGUCGAUGUGUCACCGGUGAUGUGAUGGGCGCUGUGAAGGUCACCAGGACCUAACUGGGUUUGAAGGGUCAGAAAAUGCUUCCCUGAGAGGCUGACAUUUAACCCUUGACCUGAAGGAUAAGCAGCCAAGCUAAGAGCACUCCGGGCAGAAGGAACUCCAUGUCUAGAAUGAGCUAGAACACAAAGCAGGUGUGGCUGGAGCACAGUGAAGGGCAAAAAGACCAGGGCCAAGCCAUGCGGGUGUCAAAAGCCAUGUGUAAGGAAGAUGGAAGCCUUUCCAGACCCUAUUCCAAGAGAAAGGAAAGCCAUCUGAAGGAUUUUAAGCAGGCGAACGAUGCACUCUGAUUUUGCAUUUGAUGAAAACAUUUGACAGCACUGGCAAAGCGCACAGGAGAGAUUUUGUAGCCUGGACUGGAGUGGUGACAGAGGGGGUGAAGAGGGGAAUGGAUUUAGGAGGUCGAUUUCUUGGGAAGGAUAAACUUGGUUUGAGCUCCUGGCGGCUGAUGGGCCAUUUACUAAGAUGGGAAAGCUUGGGAGAGAGGGUAGAGGGGGAGUCCUAAAUUUAGCUUGGGUUUGCAGUGAGGGAGCUAUACCUAGAGAGUUGAUGACUCACCCAGGGCCACUCAAGUUGUAGCAGAACUGGAUCUAGAACCCCAUCACUGAAAACACUUCUGGUUAGAAGUAGAAUUUGAACCCACAUAGCUCAACUCCAAGGCCUCUACCUUUAACCACUGUGCACACCAUCUCCUAGUGAACAGAUAAAUUAGGGAUCUAACAUGAUGCUAUUCAAGGGGGUACACCAAGGGCUGAGCUGCCUUCAGGCAUCAUGGUCUAUGUGCAGUGGUGCCCUCUGAAGUCAGGAUUUGUCGUCAGAAGCCACCUAGUAUCUGCUCCAGCCCCACUGUUUUGUUUCCAGAGGCAAUGGCCAGGCAGGCAAGCUGAAGGGGUUUAGGUGGUCCUGAAGGAUCUAGUUCCUCCACAGUCCCAGUCUUCCUGCUACAUGCCCUGCUCUUGCUAGUCGUAAUUUUAUCCUUGUGCAGAGAGAACUCAGCUUUCACAAUUGGCAAGGCAUAUUCUCAGACUUCUAAGCAUCACAGGCAGUUGGUGAGCAUUCAGGGCCUCUCUUAAUGAGACUUGACUUUAUUUCCCUCUGAUGUGCCUGCUUAGAUGGUAGCUUGUCUGUUUCUUGUAGGUCCUUCCUAAAGGCCACAACAAAUAGCCAAUACAUUCCACCAAUCUCACUUCUUUUUUUUUGUUUAUUAUUGAGAGACAGCAUGAGCAUGGGAGGGGCAGAGAGUGGAGGAGACACAGAAUCCAAAGCAGGCUCCAGGCUCUGAGCUGUCAGCACAGAGCCCGACACGGGGCUCGAACUCACCGUGAGAUCAUGACCUGAGCUGAAGUCGGACGCUCAACCGACUGAGCCCCCCAAGGCGCUCCCCAAUCUCACUUUUCUAUUUUCUACUACGAUCCCUAAAACUACACCUUCAGUGGGCAAAUGGUUGAGGGUCCCCCAAAACAACAGGUAUUUCAACCAACCACUUUACUAACAAUUCCCCAGCUAGGAAAGGAGGACUCCUGACCUGCCCCAUACCCCAUAGCCUACAUGGACUGUGCCAAUUCCACAUAUAAGGGCCUGUGACUUCCAGCGUCCCAUAUUCCAGAUACUUAUGGUUGCAAGUGACAGAAUCCAAUUCAGUAGCAAAAAAGUAAAUGAUUGGUUUUUAUAACUGGAUUUCAAUAAGGUCAGGUGUGCUUAGGUCUAGGGUUAAAGGCUGUCAUAGAGACUAUGUCUCUUCAUAGUUCUUAUAUGGUUGCCUCAGCUUGGCUUUAUUCUAAGAUAGGUUUUUGCCACUUGACAGCCACAGGAUCCUUAAAUGGUCCUUAUGACUUACAAUCCCAAAGAAAGACCCUCUCCCAUCAUUCACGACAAAUCUCUGGAGCUCUCUGACUGGCCCCACUCAGGUCAUAUGAACCAGCCUCUUCAUUCAGUCACCAUCAACAAUGGCAUGGGAGAUGUGGCACCAUGACUGACCAGGUCUGCCUCAUUACACAGAAGUCUAGUGGAGUCUCAGAGCUUUGCAGCAGUGGUCCCCAUGCCUGGAAUGCUUUUCCCCAGAAUCUGUGUGGCUGUCUCCUUUUUAUUGUUAAGAUCUUGGCUGACACGUCACUUCCUCAGAAACCCUGCCCUAACACCCAAUUUAAAGUCAUUCCCCAGUUACUCUGUAUUAGUCAGGACUCAAGUUCAGUGGUCAUAACAAAAGCCAAGGUAAUGAUAGCUAAGAAGAAAACAUUUCUCUCUGAGCAGUCCAGACCAUGUCAGCUACAUGGUGUGGUGGGUCCAGGCGCCCUCCUUGUUCCGUCCUCCUAAACACAUCUCGGCUUCCAUCUCAUGGUCAAAGAUGGCGAGUUCAGUUCCCACCAUUAGCUCCUCUCCAGUCAGCAGAAAGAGGAGAAAGAUGAAUGGAGGGCAAGAUGCUUCUUUAUAAGGGCACACCCCAAAAGUUGCACAUAUCACUUCUGUCCGUAUGCUCUUGUCUGAACUUAGUCACGGUCGCAGCUAGUUGUGUAAGGUAGGCUGGAAAACAGACUCUAGUGGGGCAGCCAGGUGGCUCAGCUGAAACUUGGAUUAAGUUACUAAGGAAAAAGGAGAGAAUGGAUAUAGGGGCAAAUGGCCAUCCUCAUCAUAUGAAGUGUCUUGUAAUCACUCAAACAGUGGUCAGGACAGCAAAGAGGUCUUUAGAGACCAUCUAGUUACACACUCUAAUUGUAUAGAUGGGAGACAAACCCAGAGAGGGAAAUUGUUCAAAUCCACACAAGCCAUUGGCAGACCAGGGCUGGGCUUCAGGUCUCCAAACACCAAGUCCAGUGCUCAAAACUGGAGAAGGGAUUGGUUUCAGGGGAACCUUAGCUUUUUAGGUGUUAUCCUAGCUUCAGAUGCAUUUUUAUAUUCAUGUGUUUUAUCUAAGAAAGUUAUAUUUGUGUGUUAUUUGUGUAAAUAAAAAUAAAUGAAAACAUGGCCAAUGCAUAUAUGAAAAGGUGUUAUCUCCAUUAGUCAACAUAGAAAUUCAAAUUAAAUGGGGCGCCUGGGUGGCGCAGUCGGUUAAGCGUCCGACUUCAGCCAGGUCACGAUCUCGCGGUCCGUGAGUUCGAGCCCCGCCUCGGGCUCUGGGCUGAUGGCUCGGAGCCUGGAGCCUGUUUCCGAUUCUGUGUCUCCCUCUCUCUCUGCCCCUCCCCCGUUCAUGCUCUGUCUCUCUCUGUCCCAAAAAUAAAUAAAAAACGUUGAAAAAAAAUUAAAAAAAAAAAAUUCAAAUUAAAAACACAAUGAUGGGGCGCCUGGGUGGCUCAGUCGGUUAAGCGUCCGACUUCGGCUCAGGUCAUGAUCUCACGGUCUGUGGGUUCGAGUCCCACGUCAGGCUCUGUGCUGACAGCUCAGAGCCUGGAGCCUGCUUCCAAUUCUGU